GUCUUUAGAAUUCAAGAUCAUAUCAAAGAUUAUCUGGAACUUAUUGAAAAACAUAAGAAAUAUGGGAUCUUGAUUUAUCUAGCCAUCUACACUAUUUGUAUAUGGUUAUUUUUACCGGGGUCUUUAAUAAGCAUUGCCGCAGGUUUUUUGUUCAAACCUGCAAUAUUAGCCGGUGCCAUUAUCAUUAUUGGAGAUAUUUUUGGUGCUUUCGGUACAUUUAUUUUUGGUAGAUACGUUUUUUCAGAUUGGGUAAAGGCUCAAAUUAAAAA